AUGUCUAGCAAGAAGUGGACCAAGAAGGCGGUAAAGGAGAAGGUAGAUUACCCGACCCUCUUCGCUGACGAAGCAGCCAUGAACGAGGCCUUAAAGUUUAUAAAGAACUCAAAAUGCAUUACUCACACACAGAUCUGCGAGCGCCUUCGCGUUUCCGUCGCUCUUGCAAAGAGGGUCAUGCGUCAGCUUGUCAAGUCGGGGGACUUUGCCAUCGUCAGCAAGUCCAGUCGUAUGACGAUUUUUAAGAAUAUGACGAAGAAGGAGUAA